AUGCCCAAACCCUCCAAGAAAGCCCGGUCGCAAGGGCCCGUGACCGGUAAAAAGGGCCGCAAAAUGCACACCUUUCCCAAGCUCUCGACGGCGCAAAACCAAAACUCCAACUCCGGCAGCGCGCAAAGUCACAGUCAAACCCAAUCUAAGAAGCAACCGAACCAGCAGCGUCGGCCAGUCAUUCCGUUCGGGAGAAAUGAUCAUGUUUUACUUGUUGGUGAAGGAGACUUCUCCUUUGCGCGCUCUUUGGUGACGCAGCAUCGCUGCCGGCAUGUGUUGGCUACCUGCUAUGACUCUAAAGAGAUGCUCUGUGAGAAAUACCCCAAAACAGAAGGAACGAUCAGUGAGAUUCUCGGCGCCUUCUCGAAGAAGAAGGCUGGCGGUGAAGCUGUGAGCAAUAAGGACCAGACCGACCAAGAAGGUCCUGGUCAUGUUGCGGCCGAGGACAGGAAGGCUCCCGGCAACAUUCAAAAGAAUCGAGGACCGAAUGUCCUCUUUUCAGUCGACGCCCGGAAGCUUGGGCUAGCGGCCGGGGGUGGCAAGGACGUCCGCCAGGGCUUCUAUCGGCGGGAGCGGAAACGCCCUGCUUGGAUAGAGGCUAAGGAGGGACCGUCAUCCGCUGCAACGAAAGGCGGACCGUGGGAUAUCAUCUGCUUUAAUUUCCCCCAUGUCGGUGGCCUGUCAACCGAUGUCAACCGACAAGUCCGCGCCAAUCAGGAAUUGCUGGUGGCGUUUUUCAAAGCCUGCGUCCCGUUACUGUCCUCGCCUCAGACGGUCGACCGAGAUGUUGACGAGGACGAGUGGGAAUAUAGCGACGACGACGAAGAAGAUUCGGACUUGAAUGAGCAGGAUUCUCCCUCGGCGGACGCUCCGGAUUCAGCCAAAAGCCAAGUAAGGACGGAGCCUGGGCAAAUCUUAGUAACCAUGUUCGAGGGCGAGCCAUACACCCUCUGGAACAUCAGGGACCUAGCACGCCACGCCGGUCUGAAGGUUGUUACAAGUUUCAAAUUCCCAUGGGGCUCCUAUAAAGAUUACUCCCAUGCUCGGACCAUUGGGGACAUCGAAGGAAAGCAUGGAGGAAGAGGCGGCUGGCGAGGUGAGGAUAGAGAAGCUAGGAUGUACGUGUUUGAGGUCAAGCAGGAAGAACGUCCCGCGCCUAGGAGGAACCCUAAUUCCUCGGGCAGGAACGGUAACGCGGGAACAAAGAGAUCGAGAGACGCCUCUGAGAGUGACAGUGAUUAG